AUGCCCCUGAGUCAGUUUCAGGGUGUGACCUCCGGGGAAGGCCUGGCACGACGAGCUAUGAUCCGUCACUUGAAAUACCAUAUCGUUGUCCUUUUUGACAUCCUAGACUGGCAAACCCGCAAGGAGAAAGGAUAUGCCCUUGAGAACCAUAUCCGCCAUAAUGACGAUGCCGCCUUUCAAUCAGCCAUUAUUGAUCUUUUCAAUAUCCUCACAGAUUGGGAUCUGAAUCUACGUCUUUCGGUAGAGCUAGCGCUCUUGGGUCGCGAAGUGGGGGAAGAGCCUCACACGUACGAUUUCGAUAUUGCAGGUGACUACCGUUACGACUUUAAAAAGGGCAGAACGAAGGCUGUUCCUGUGUAUCGGGCUAAAUUCUUAGAGAAUGGUGCCUCUCUUCUUCCCGACGUCCCAUGUAUCGAUCAUUUUUGCUUUGCGAUUUCUUCCCAUCACAUUUGGGCCGGAUCAGCUAUGCAAAUUAUCCAACGCUGCACGACCGUUACUAAGCUGGUACUGGGUCUAGAUGAGUAUAUUCGCCCAGAUCAUAUUGAAUACAUUCAAGCAAGGCGCCAAGAUGGAGAGCCCUGGAAGGAAAUGAUGCCUGGAUUGAAUGUCCUCCUUUCGGACAACGGCUGUCUUUCUCAGAACUUUCGCCACUUGAGUCUUUCACUUGGAGAAUUAAAGAUUCACCAGCUAUCACUCGCACCAGACUUCUAUAUGCGGAGAGUAACCCCCUACCAACUACGAAACCUCUUUACUGGCCUUGAUUAG